CGGCCAGGCCGCAUUUUCAUUUCAACUUUGUGUGCGACGAGUUGUCUGCAGUCGCGUCCUGUUAGCCACCUUCGCGUCCGCAGCGCGUCCCUUCGUUCCGUGCUCGCAGUGCAAAUCUCGUAUCGAAAAUCUUUAAGAAAUUGGAAUACGAUUUACGAAUUUCGAAUAAAAACAAGCUACAAAAACAAGCGAGCAACUCGAGACUUGCUCUUGGUUCAAUUUGUGCAUCGAACAGAUCCAAAUCCUCGAAUCCAGUGGAACUCCAAUAACCCCAACGAGAUCCAGCGCUGUGCCAUUGACUCCAGCUAAAGGGAUUAACUAAAACCCAAUGCAAAGGAUUUUAACUGCCUGAAGACACCACACGAAAAUAGAAAAAAAAAAGAACAGCCGCAGCAGAGAAGAAAGCAGCGAGUGAGGCCGAGUAGCGAAAUCCAAAAAUCCACAUUUUUGGAAUUUCAAUUUCAAGCCAAAACACACAGAACCAGAUCAAAAUGGGACACCUGACGCGAAGCAGCAGCCUAUUGGCCAUAGUCCUAUGCCUGGUACUUAACACAAAGCACCUGGCGGUCCAUGGCGACGCCUCGCACAUUGAGUCCGCCGCCCUGCCCCUCGAACACAGGGCCGGCUACGGUCCGCCGGCGCCCAUUUACGGAGCGCCACAGGGUCCUUUGAGCACCGGGGCCACCAACGAUGUGUCGGAGGAGGCCUGGCCCCUCGCCAGCACCAAUGACAGUCCGCAGAUCAAGCACCUGCAGGUGCAGUGCGAGAAGACACACAUGCGGGUGAACAUCGAGUUCGACCGGCCCUUCUACGGCAUGAUCUUCUCCAAGGGAUUCUACAGCGAUCCGCACUGUGUGCACUUGAAGCCGGGAACCGGCCACCUGAGCGCCACCUUUGAGAUCUUCCUGAACAGCUGCGGCAUGACCAGCUCGGCCAACCACAAUGCGGCCGGAUACGGAGCGCCCACGCCAUCGGGCAGCUAUGUGGAGAACACGAUCAUCAUCCAGUACGAUCCCUAUGUGCAGGAGGUGUGGGAUCAGGCCCGCAAGUUGCGCUGCACCUGGUACGACUUCUACGAGAAGGCUGUGACCUUCAGGCCUUUCCAGGUGGACAUGCUGCAUGCGGUCACUGCCAACUUCCUGGGCGACAACCUCCAAUGCUGGAUGCAGAUCCAGGUGGGCAAGGGUCCAUGGGCCUCCGAAGUCUCUGGCAUUGUGAAGAUUGGACAGACCAUGACCAUGGUGCUGGCCAUCAAGGAUGACGAGAACAAGUUCGACAUGCUGGUGCGCAAUUGUGUGGCCCAUGAUGGCAAGAGGGCUCCCAUCCAACUGGUGGAUCAGAACGGCUGCGUUGUCAGGCCCAAGAUCAUGAGCAAGUUCCAGAAGAUCAAGAACUUUGGACCCUCUGCCUCCGUGGUUAGCUUCGCCUACUUCCAGGCCUUCAAGUUCCCCGACUCGAUGAACGUGCACUUCCAGUGUGUGAUCCAGGUCUGUCGCUACAACUGCCCGGAGCCCAAGUGCGGUCCUGGUCUGCCAGGUGGCGAGUACGGUCUGCCCCAGAUUGGUGCCAAUGGUCUGUCUGAGGAGUACGGUCCUCCGGAGGCCUAUGAGAGGAACGACUUCGCUUUGGGAGGUCCAGGAGUUCUGCCCCCAGCUGCCUAUCCUGAUCCACGUCACCCUUCGUCCGAUGCCACCGGAGCUUACUCUGAGAACCAGCCCGAUGUGGUGCCCUCGCCACAGGCUCAGACCUCGGCGGCAGUGCCCACUGCUGACUCGGGAUCCGUGUCCGGACCGGCCAGCUCACCUCAACCCCAGCCCACGGGCAGCAAUGAACUGGGUCUGCCACCACCACCACUGCCGGGACAGAGCGGUCAGUACAGCACGGUGAAGCGCAAGGAUGACCUCAGUGCUGGCGGCAACCUGGUUUCCCUGGGAGGACGCCCCCGAUCCGUGGAGGGAUUGGACGAUCUGCGUGGCGUGCGCCGGCGCAGGGACACCAUGGACAUUGUGAUGAAGCCACAGAGGAUCUACAAGCGCAAUGCGCAGGAGAUGACCGACGUGAACACCAGCCGGAUUAUCCAGGUGGUGGCGCCCGGCGAUGUGAACUUUGCGCUCAACAGCAAUGCCAGCAAUGAGACGGUGGUGAUCCAGUCCGCUCGCUCCGCGGAUGCGGAGACCAUCUGCAUGUCGGUGCCCAGUUUCGUGGGAGGAUUGGUGAUGCUGCUCCUCGUCCUGGCCGUCGCCUCUCUAGUCGCCGCCUUCCUCUUUGUGCGCGUGCGCCACUUUGAUCGCAAGGGAGCGGGCAUGGCCUAUGUGAACUAAUCUGGAACCUGGAAGCGGGAGUCUGAAGGACCAGAGAGAGGAUCCCAUCACCACCAUCAGCGACGACGAUCGGCGUGAACAGAAAACCAAAUCAGUUUUAUGUGCACUUCAGAAACACUCAUCCACCCAACCCUUCCAUCAGCAAAUCUUUAUAGGCACCCUAUCCUGUAGCCAUCUUCACUAUUUAUUCUUUGGUUAUUUAUUGAGAGCCCACUUUCAAAUGGUUUCCUUCUUUACCACUAAACGCCCUAUCUUCUAUAUGUUUCCCUAGUUUUAGACGAAGCGAAAUUGAAUUGUCAGACUUGUUAAGUUUCAGUUAUACCUACAAAGGAUUCGAGGCCAUCUGAUCGGACAGAUACGCCUUGAAUGUUACAUUAUGCAAGUUAAUAUCGAAAAAAAAAAAAACGAAGUAAAGAAGCGGCAUACAUGGAAAAGCAGAAAAUCGUUUACAAUAAGUUAAUAUAGCAAAUGUAUAUAUUAAAUUAUUUAUUUAUUACUUUAUUUGAUAGCUGCGAAAUAAUAAAAAGUUUACUUUUAUUAA